AUGAGUGAGCCUAAACCCAAGCGUAACUCAUUCUUCUUCUUCUCGAACAAGAGCAAUGCGCCAAAAAAUGAGCCAAAAGCCUCUAAUGUCAAGUAUAUUGGAAAAUACCCAUUAAUGCCCUCGACGAGCACCCUUGCUGGAUCUGCGUCAAGUGAAGGGAAGGCUAGAUCUGUUGGUACUUCAAAUCUACCAGGGAUGUCUCAACCUUUGCAAAGCACUGUAAAAGACUCCAAUACCGUCAUAACGUCCAAUGUUAGCAAACUGAGCAGAAUAAGGCCACCACCACCCCAAGUGAAUCUCGCGGAACUACCGGUUGAGAAGCCUGAAACGGAGAAGAGUGAUUCAGAGAAAGAAGAACACCCGCAGUCAGACGGAAAUUCGGCUCAGUUCGGCCACGAGCGCAAAAAAUCUGAAAUCGACGAACUGAUGGAUCACAUAGAGCAUUUUGGCAACGAGAGUCGACAUGACCUUGAAGAUAACAUAUCGCUGGAGUCUUCUUCACCAUAUGAGUAUUUUGAGACUCCAAGUCUGAAUUUGCCCGCCGAAGAUGCUGACCAGGAGCGGCAGUCAAUACACGUCAAAUCGCUAAAUUUAUCAGACUCCAAAAGAAGUUUAAACUCAGCCGAAGUCAAGAGUUCAAAAGACAACUCCAUAGAGUCAAAGUCAAAUUUAAUGUACGAAGGAGUUUUCCUGGACGAGGAUCGCUUCUCUUUUGCUGCCUCUCAAGUGGAUCCCGUUCAAAACUUACAACAAAUAUCAUUCAAUAAUGAACGGGACUACGAGCCCGAAAGCUCCAGAGGUAGUCAUCAGCAGGGCCAUCACAGCAGGAAUGUCUCGAGUAGCGACCAGGGUGCUCCAGAUGGGCGCUCUUUUGAUUUAGAAGCUUCCAACAACAAUUCCUUGUAUGGCGAUGAUCAGUCGUAUUUCGACAAACCAAGACAAUUCAGAGUGGUUAACGAGCACCGUCCAAAUUUUACUCUCAAUGAUGGCAGCAGCACCACCACUGACAACGAGAGUUUCGUAUUUGCGCCUGCGGAUGCGGCCUUGCGCGUGCAUGACGCAGAUAUAGUGCACCCACCUGUAAUUAGUUCACUUCCACCAAUUGCAUCGUCAUCGCUUCCUUACGAUCAAGAGCUCGAAGAUGAACAGACCAGCUCGAGUUCUCCAGCGCCGGUGCUUAAGGAUCUGAGUCCUAUAAGUGGGCCAGAGUCCGACUUCACAAUACAAGCUCAGUACCCAGAAGCUCAAGAUACAGCCAAAUCACACAGCCCGCAUAGAAGUGGGACCGAUAAGUCUGUAAAGCUUGUGUCCAGCUAUGUCGAAGAACUGCGACUAAAGUACUUUCCAACAUCUAAUUCCCUUCAGCCACCACCAAAUCUGCCAUUUGUGCUCAAAACGAAGAACAGUUUGGAACAACCGCAAAACAUCAAGGUCAGAAUACGCACCAGCUCCAAGCAGAUUGGUAUCAAACAUGGGAAGGCCAAGCAAAAACUCCUGUCUUUGGAGACGGCCAAAGAGGAAGACGAGGAAGCCAGCACUGGAGUCAAGCCUCGGGGUAAAAACAGUUCAAUUUCCACAGAAGUGGACCAUACGCGCGAAUUUCAUGAUUUGUUGAACAAGAGCGCCUCGGGCAUUAAUUUGCUGGCCGGAGGCAACCUGGACGACAGUGGUGGUCAUGAGAAUGACUACAACGAGAAGUCUGAUGAUCUGUACCUGCAAAACAUUCCCGGUGACGAAGCUUAUGAUAGCGAUGAUGUGAUGGCUCCAUUACGGGAACGAAGUGAUCAAAACGUUGGCCUUCGUUUCGUCGCCGGUUUUGACGAGGGCUCCAACCAAACAGGAAGUACUAAGGGUCGUGUUGGUCGGAGUGAUACGGUCACCAGUUAUUUCACACGCAAAAACAACAAUCGGGCUCGCAGUGGGACUUUAGACGCAGAUUAUCACUACAAAGCGAGUCGGACGGAAUACGACUGCUCCUUUAAGGACCAAAAAAGUGCUGAAGACUCUUCUGAUGAUGAGAUUUCCGUGCAGACAUCGAAUUCCGCCUAUCUUCAAUCUACAUUUAAUGGUGGCCUUCGAGUAACCAACCAAGACCCCGUGUCAGACUAG